CACCCGCGCCUCAGCGCGCGGGGCCCGGCUCGGCAUGGGCGCGGCCGGGCCCGAGGUGGGCGUGGCCAGGGCGGGGCGGCGCGGAGCGGGCCAUGGCCGAGGCGGGGCCGCGGCCGCAGCCGGCGGGGCCCGGGGGAUCGCCCGGCGCGGGGCCCCGGAGGAGCCGCUGCGGGAGCGAGAGGUCGCGGCCGGCGGAGCUGCCGGCCGGCGGCACGCGGGCGCUGCUGGAGGAGGUGGAGAUGCAGAUCGGAGACGCCGCCUUCUCGCUAGCGAAGAUCCUGGAGGCGACGUCGGCAGUGUCGGCCCAGGUGGAGGAGCUGGCCAGCAAGUGCUCGGAGAACGCCCGGUUCCUCAGGACGUGGCGGGACCUGCUGCGGGAGGGCUACGAGUCCCUGAAGCCCAGCGGCUGAUCCUGCCCCCGCCCCGCCGGGAGCUGCCGCCUCUGGUUUUUCACGGGGGGUUUUGUGUUCCCGCAGCAGCUCCCCAGGAGCCUGGAGUUCUGUCAGAAAUACUUGAUGGCUCGUAUGGAUGUUGAGUGUAAGUCACCGAGCGAAAUCGCUUUGCGUAGGGAAUCGUUGUGACUUUUUUAGACUCCUUCGCUGCAGCUGAAGCAUGAAAUAAUUUUUUUAACUUUUUUUUACUUUGUUUGUUUGUUUGUUUUCCCUGCUAACGUGGUGGAUGCAGAGGUAGUACGUGUGGUACGUCCAGAACUCUUCACUCUGGAGAAGUUACUGUCAGCCCUCCUUGUUAAGAGCUGUCACCAGCAGAAACCCGUCCAACUCCAGAGAAACUUGCUGAACUGACUUCAGGUUUUCUCUUUGCACACUUUUUCUUCAUGUUGAGGUUGGGAUACCAUGGCAAGUCGUGGCUUAUUUACAAGCUUUAGAUAAGCUCUGAAUCCCAAACCCUACUAUUUUAGCAGUAUUGCAGUGUAAAGAGGCAGACUUUUUGCAAGGUGUUUGCUUACUGCAAACAAUUCUACCCUACCUUGUGUUGUAAUAAAGUGCCUUAUGACGGACCAUAUAUGUCUGCACAGUAGAAGUUUAACAGCAUUGUUUAGUGAUAGGAUUAUGUUGAACUAUAAGUAAAAGCUUCCAUCAGAAAAAAGACCUGUGAAAUGUAUUCUGCCAGCUCUCUGGAGGCAUGUUAGAGCUUUUUCAUUUUAUAUCCUAUUUUAUAUCUUUGCCUUAAGCAGUUACUAUUUAGCUAGUCUAGAGUUUACUGGUAACAGAACCUUUCAGUCUGAAAGAUUGCUAAUCUGGAAUAAAUAGCUGUACCUUUACCAGAGCAAUGUGAAAAAAAGUCAUGCUGAAGUGCAAUGGGAAGCUGCACGAGAACAUGGUUGUACCAUGAUUUAUUACUCAGCCUUAUUUUUAGUAGUAAAAGAGCUUUUUAAAUGACAAACUGUACUUUUCUUAUCAAAACAAUAAAGGUGUUACAAACA